AUGAAGAAGCAUAAAGCAGAGAACUUCCACAAGGCCUGCUCGUUGUACACAGAACUCUUACGGUAUUACACUAGUACUGAGGAGAAGCAAGUUGUGCAGCAUCGCAUCAGAUAUGCAGAGAAAUGCACGAAACUGGUCCAUGAUCAAGAGGUUCUAAAAGCGUGUGCUACGAAUACCAUAUUGGCUGUGUCCACAGCCCUUGACAAAGUGAAAAAGAAGUCCAGGUUGAAAGUACAUGGUAUGACGCCCUUGAUUGAAGGUUAUACAAAUUCUUUAGUGAAAGCAAUCGUGGAAGGAAACAAACGUUUGGAAAUAGAAUCUUUAAAGAGCCUGGGAGAUGUGUACCUAGAGAAGGGAAGGGUUGGUAAGGACGAGACAGCGUUCAGUAAAUCAGCUGGUCUGUACCGAGCGGCGCUGGACCGCUGUGAAGAUUCAGACGGCAGAGAAACGCUAAGACACCGCAUCAAGUACGCGGAGAAAGUCACGGAAAAAGGACGCAAGAAACGCCGAGAAAUGGGACGGACCAGAAACAAGAAAAUUAGAAACAGUAGCGAAGAGAAACAGGUCACAGACAGUACGUACGAAGACCACCUACAGAAUGGCUGCAGGGCCCUGCAGACAGGGGACCUGGACACGGCAGAACGAAACUUUGCAGCUGCGCUCAAGGCCGUUCAUGUGAAAGGUCAGCGCUGGAAAGAGACAGAGCCCCUUUGCAACUUGAGCGAUGUCUACCUGAAGAGAGGAGAGCAGUCAAAAGACGGAGGUGAUUUCACCAAGGCUGCAGCACUCAGUAACGCAGCACUGGUGAGAGCAAAGACAGAAGACAGAGAAGUCAUCAAACAUACAAUCCAGGAAAUAACACAAUCUUUUGUUAAGAACGUCCUGAGUAUCGAACAAACGGUACCCACGGAUGACGUAGAGAAACACAAAUCGGUGUUAACAGAAUGCCGCGGCUAUGUGGAAGAAGAAAUCAUAAGAAUUGAGCAGCAGAUAGAUCCUUAUCGCCUAGAUGAUAACGACCCAGAGAUCAUGGAAGUAGAAAUGGAGAGAGUGGAAGCAAACAAAGCCCUGUUUGACACUAUUGUUCAUCAGCGAAGAACAUUCAUAGCUGGCCUUGUAGAUGAGUGUAUGGGGGUUAUGGGCCCCCCUCCUGCAAGCAGCUUGGGUAAUGCAUGGAGUAACCUUGGUGAUCACAGGAAGGCCGUUAGCUAUUAUGAACAGGCACUAGAGAUGAUGCGGAGUAUCUAUGGUGAGGGCAACGCACAUCCUGAUAUCGCCUCGUCACUUCACAACUUGGGUGCCGCCUGGAGUAACCUUGGUGAUCACAGGAAGGCCGUUAGCUAUUAUGAACAGGCACUAGAGAUGAGGCGGAGUAUCUAUGGUGAGGGUAACGCCCAUCCUGACAUCGCCUCGUCACUUUACAACUUGGGUAGCGCCUGGAGUGACCUUGGUGAUUACAGAAAGGCCGUCAGCUAUCAUCAGCAGUCAUUACAGAUGAAGUGGAGUAUCUAUGGUGAGGACAACGCACAUCCUGAUAUCGCCUCGCCACUUAACAACUUGGGUAAUGCCUGGAGUCACCUUGGUGAUUACAGAAAGGCCAUCAGCUAUUAUGAACAGGCACUACAGAUGAGGCGGAGUAUCUAUGGCGAGCGCAUCGCACAUCCUGAUAUCGCAAAAUCACUUCAAAAUCUGCUUGUUAACGUUGUGAAAAGCCGCCUCUUAUGCUCAGUUUAUGAAACAGAUGAUUGAAGAGACUUUAUAUAGACACUGACAUUGCCACUCUCCUGAUUAACUUUUUGUGUCCCAUACAUGUAAAUUAUUCAAUAGUUACACAGAAAGCAUUUUAAAGAUUAUCUUUAAAUGAUUUGGAAGUAUGAUGAUUUUCCGUUUGUUAAAAACGGAAACAUGCAGCUAUUUUGAUGUUAAGAAUUACUUUACCGUCAUAUUAUGUAUUUGUAUACCUUAUAUCC